UUAUACAUUAAAAGUUUUCUCCCUACAUUAAUUUAUAUACGUUAAAAAAAAUUAUAUAUAAUUUUUUAAAAUUUUUUUUUCUUUUAACGUGAUAUAAAAAAAAAUGAGCUCCUCAAAUUCUUUCACCCCCUUCGAUCAUUCUGAUGAUCAACAACCUACUAAACCUAUCGUUAACAACAUCUCUAACUUUGACGACAAUAUCAUUCCUAAUUCUUCCGAAUUAGAUAGUGAUAUGUUAUCUAAUGAUAAUAUCUCUCAACAAAAUUCCGAUUCUAUUAUCAAUGCUGAAACUUCUACUACUGAUACUACUACCACCUCUAAAAAAGUUUUCAAAAAGAAACCGACUGUUGAUCCGAAUUACAUUUUAUUUGGUUAUAUUCCUAAUUAUAAGAUACCAAUUGUCAAUAUUCCAAUUUCUUAUCCUUUGGAUGUAAUUUCUGAUAAAGUCAGGUAUAUUACUUCGAAAUUUGGUUUCGGUGAGAAAGGAAUCGCUAAAAAAUCGAUCGCGUCAAGAUUACAAUCAUUUAUUUAUGGUGGUAAUAUUCCGAAAAAAAGUGUUUUCUCUUAUAUUCAAUCAUUUAGUAGUUAUAAAAAAACGGUAGAGAAAAAAGAUGUAGUAGAAUCCACAUCUCAACAACAAUAAUUUAUAUUUACAAUUUAUAUUUUACAAUUUAUAUUAUU